GGAUGCGAACCUGCCAAUUCAAUGGGGCUACUAAGGCUGCUACAUCGACUAUAGCAGGAGGAAUCUUGCUGGACCUUCCUAUGUGGACAUCGAAAACAUGACCCAGGAGAGCUGUGUCGCUUUCUGUAACGCCAACAACCAUCCUUACGCAGGCGUCGAAUAGGGUCAGGAGUGCUAUUGCUGCCUCGUCAUUAGCGCAGGCUCUGAAAGCAAAGACGAUUCUGAAUGCGACUUCAAGUGUCCCGGUGCUGAUGAUGAAGCAUGCGGUUCUGCUUUUCGACUUAGCGUGUUCUUUACUGGGCUACUGGAUUACACACACCAGCCCCGGUCCGUCUGGCACCUCACACAUUGGUUGCCUUAUGAACAAUGUUUGCGUUCGCGCUAUAUCUUUGUUUAAGCUAGCGAAGACGGUAUGGCAGUGCCUCGGUGCACUUCGAACUGUAAAGCCGCUGGGUAUAGCCUCGCAGGUCUCGAGUUUGGUCGUGAGUGCUGAUGUGGCAAUUCCCUGGAGCACAACGCCACCGCAACCGAUGAAGCUGCGACAUGAGAUGCGCUGGCGAUUCGACGGGAUUCUGCGGUGGAGCUUCGAGACUCGAAGCCUAAGCCAACGUGUUCUUGACUCCUGCUCUGUCAUCAGCUGAAUGUAC